UUGAUGAGUGAUAAUCAGCUCUUCAGCUGUGCGAAGACUCGUGGUGGUGGGGUAAAAUGCCGGUAGCGUUGUACGUUAUUUUGCCAGUAAUUCUGGCACUAACUCUUAUACGUGGUUAUCGGGAGAUUAAAUGGGGGCGAUGUAAAAGUAAAAGUUCGCUACAUGGUAGAGUUUUCAUAAUUACUGGUGCAAACUCAGGUAUAGGAAAGGUUACUGCUCGCGAACUUGCCCGGAGGAAGGCUACUGUAAUAAUGGCAUGUCGUAAUAUUAAAAGUGCCAGGGAAGCAAUCGAGGAAAUAAGACAGUCCGUCACGACAGGACAAUUAAUUCCACUGCAGCUCGACUUGUCAUCUUUAGCGUCUGUGAGAAAUUUUGCAAGUGUAAUCAUUAAAGAUUUUCCGAAAAUUCAUGUGUUGAUCAAUAAUGCAGGAGUAUUUAUACCAAUUGAGGAAAACAGAACAACAGAAGAUGGCUUUGAAAUACACUUUGGUGUGAAUCACCUAGGCCAUUUCCUCCUGACGAACUUGCUGCUGAAGAAAUUAAUGGAAAGUGCACCCAGCAGGAUUGUUAUUGUUUCCUCUACACUUCAUGAAAAAGGAAACAUAGAAUUUGAUAACUUGGAUGGUAAAAAAUGGUCCCGAGGUAAAAGCCGAAUGAAUCCUGGCUAUAAUAAUUCAAAGCUUGCAAAUGUAUUGUUUUGCACAGAAUUGGCUGAGAAAUUGAAAGGCACUGGUGUAAAUGUGUACACCCUGUGUCCAGGGCUUGUGUACACAGGGCUAUUCCGAAGUACUCCUAUAAAAUGGUUCCAUUACAUAUUGUUUGCACCAGUGGCUUUUUUCUUCAUGAGGACCCCAACUAAAGGUGCACAAACAAUUUUACAUUGUGCCACAUCUGAGGAAUUGGAAAAUGAAUCGGGACUUAUGUAUCGUGACUGCAAGCUAUACAGAUCCAAGAAGAGUGUAGAGCCAUCUGUUUCUAAACAGCUGUGGGAAGUUAGUGAGCAGCUUGUGGGCUUGAAGACGGAUUAGCAGUUUUGGAUAUUUAGUGUACACAGGCUGUCUGUGUGUUCUAUGUAGAACAAGAACUGUUUUGCCACAUUUUCAAGAAUUGUGGCUAUCUGUACAAAGAUAAAUGCCAACUGCUAUCAGAAACAAAUAAAGCAAGUCAAUAUGUAUCCAGCUGAAUGGACAUAUAUAUUAAAUAGGCAAAUUGUAAGAGUUCAUGUACUUUCAGUAAUUGUGAUAUUCUUAAAACGUAAAAUGUGUUUUGUUCAUCUCAUAACGCCCAGUUUUCAUAUAAUUUGACUUAACAGGCUCAAGAAUAAAAAUGAUUUUGUAUAUUUCUCAAAUAAUGUUACAACAUAAUUAGUGAAUUGCUAUUAAUAAUUUUCAAAAAUUACGAAUGACUAUGAAGUUUUCAUGACCACCGUUUAACAGAAGGUAUUUGCAAUAUUUAUUGAUAGAAGUGGGAUACAACAUCUACAUGAAAGAAUACAAACAGGAAAUAGCAAUUGUCACUACACACUCCCCCCCCCCUCCCCCAAUUGUGUAUAACAGUAUUUAGGUACCUUCUACUUAUCAUAUACCCCUGUUUCACUGGAGGAUCUAUCAGAAAAGAUUUGAUUUUUUGUUUGAAUAUAAACACAGAUAACUGUGGCAGUCACUUACGAAAUUUACCUCAUUUCUAUGAAAUGGUUUUGAUGAGGUAUGUAGAAGUUUACACAUUCAACAGUACGAAACAGGAUAGAUCACUACUCACCACAUAGAGGAGGCACUGAGAGGCAAAUGUGCACGCACACGCACACGCACACGCACACUCACACUCACACUCACAGUCACAGCUAUAGAAAUUGUCAUCUCAGUUGGUGGAGUGAUUAAAGAGCAAAACAGAGAAAGGGAAUGGAUUAUGCAGGAAUAUAUGGGAGGCAGAGGGGAGGAGGAUAAGCAUCUGUGAAGCUGGAGUGGGAACAGGGAAGGGGAUAAGGAAGGUGGAGGGCAGGGGAUUAUGCCAUGUGCUAGACAUUUGCCUAAAGGGAUCAGCAACUUCUUGGACACAGAAUCAUUACAGGGUUCCAUAUGUACAAGGCUUUGCCUACCAGAACUGCGUCUAUCGCAACAAGGAUAACAGGUAGGAGGAGAAGUGCUGCCAGAGGUCCUCUGUACCAGGGACCUAUUUCCUCUGCUGUAUCGUGUGAGGAAAUGAAUUGGCAUGAAUUCCUCUGUGUCCCAGGUGUAUAGGGCAGUUCCCUCCCCCAAAGCUCUGGGCCAAUUAUGUACCAGUUCUUAGCAGCCCAUCAGUCAGAUCCUCAUCAGAAGCCACCGCAGCUGGACCUACAACUUUCCAGCGAUAUCCCGAGAUCUACCUGUCGGCCAACUAUGCCAAACACUCAACCUCUUUCAUUAGGGAUUAUCAGUGGCAUAGUCUUCACAUUGCACAACACUUAUUCCCUGUGUGAUUCAGUUAGUGUUCCUGUUAGUGUCUGAGAAGUUGUAUUAUUUUUUUAUUGAGAAGAGUUUCUCCUUUGUUACUAAAUCAUUCUACUGUUGUCAUAAUAAAACCUAGUUCUUGUUUAUCUGUCUUAUUAGUGGUUAUCAAGCACAUCCCCUUCGAAGAUAUAGCUGACUAACAUCGGUUGAGGCUAGGCGGCUUUUGGGAACAAAGGAUAUAUUGGAGGGAGAGUUUCUACUUGCACAGUUCAGAAAAGCAUACCAUGUUGGGCAGCUCGCUCAAAAAUUGGGUGGCCCAGUUGUCUGCUAGUGGUGGCCAUUCAUCUGCACAGACAGCUUGUUAGUGAUCGUGCCCACAUAGAAUGCCAUGCAGCGGCCAAAGCUAAGUUGGUAGAUCACGUGGCUGCUUUCACAGGUAGUGCUGCCUUUGCUGGGGUAGGGGAUGCCUGUGACAGAACUGGAGUAGGUGCUAAUUGGAAGAUGUAUGGAACAGUCUUGCAUCCCAGUACUUUAGAGGGGUAUGAGCUGUGGGGCAAGGGUUUGGGAGCAAAAGUGAUCAGAGAUGGACAAGGAUUUUGCAAAGGUUGGUUGCAUGGCAGAGUGCUAUUGCCAAUGGAGAGGGAUGGGAGGGAAAAUAGUUUGAAGGAUGACCACUAACAAGCUGUAUAUCCGUAUGAAUGGCCACUGCCAAAAAUUGGCAAAGACAUCACUGGACCACCCAGCUAUCAAGCAUGCCAUUCAUCAAGGUGUGUUUAACUUCAGAGAAUGCUGCACAGUUCAUGCCAUCUGGAUUUUCAUCUCAAAAACCAUCCUUUUUGAGUGUUGCUGGUGGGGACUCUCCCUGUAAUAUAUUCUUCAUUCUUAUGAACUCCCUGGCCUAAACUGUUACUAUUUCCUGUCCUCUACCUGCCUCUAUCCCCUCCCCUGCUCUCAAUCAAGCCUCACACACACCUUCUGUCAUUCUAGCACAGCUGUCUAGUUCUUUCCCCUUCCCUGGAUCUCUCCUCACCUCCUUUUCCCUCCCAGCUAUGCCUUGUGAUGCUGCAUUUAGCAGCCCAUCAUCCUGUAGCUGCUACGUCUGUGCACACUCCCACAGCUAACAAUACAGCAUCUCCCCCCCACUCCUCCCCUACUAUCUGUCCACCUCCCGAACAACAGUCGAGCCGAAAUAUGAUGAUCCCAGGUGCUAGUGCAAUCGGCAUUGAGUACCGGCUGCAGCAGUAGGCCAUUGGAGUAAGUCAAAUGCGAACACUACUCUGUGUAUGUUCAGCUGCGCUGGUCACUGUUGCCAGUUCUGUCAGACAACAGUGACAACAGCCGAUAUGGUCCCAAUACUUGGCUUUUUUGAAACACGUACCUGGAUAGCUGUACUUGUGCAUCUGAAUGAAACAGGAAUCACCAAGUUCGUACUCAAUAAUUUACUUCACUUUACUGUAAUGCCAUGGAAUUUGGUCCCACUAGACACAGACAACAAGACAGAUCGGAAAAGUUGAUUUACACUUUCUGAAUUUAUUCUGUGUGUCUUUCCUUUCAAUUUUUUUGUUUUAUAUCACAUGCAAGAAGCGUUAUUACGGAAGGAUAUUUAUCUAUAAAGUGAGUUGCUACCAUUAUAGAAUUCAAGAUUUGCAAGUUAUUAUUUUUCCUUAAAAUUUCCAAUGUUAAUUAAUGAUAGUUGUGUCAUUACUUGGUUCCAUUCGGCAAUUUGACUUAAGUUGUUAAAAGCACUGCAUUCCUGACAGACAUAAUAAACCUUAUAAACAUGUUCAGAAACAUACGUGUGCUUAUCUUAAUUAACUAAUGGUUAAAUAAAGCAAUACCGGAGAAUAAA